ACCUCAUGUCCCGUCUCCACCACAUAAUACUGAUAAUAAUAGUCAUGCCAUCACAGCGAUAAGGCUCUCUCUUGCCCAUCUUCUUCCUUUACGCACUCCUUAGCUCAUACAGAAACCACAAGGAAGAAAUUUUCUAUUUCCCGAUAAAGUGAAGAGCAUGAUUCUGUCCAGACAAAUCAAGAAUUUCUACCAGUCACCAUUUCUACCCAACCCUUCAAAGCUCCAAAAGCGAACAAAGCCAGAGACCGUUUUGGCACCAAGAAAGGCAGCAGUGGACAGAAGGAAAGUUGCCAUAAGAGGAUGCAAUGAACCGGAAGGAGAAAAGAAGACGGAGAGGCGAACUUUCUUGACCCUUGAGGAAGCCGGGUUGGUAGAAAUGUCCGGCCUGGAUACUCACGAGCGCUUUCUUUGCCGUUUAACGAUAUCGUCACUGAAUCUACUAAGAGUUAUUUCGGAGCAAGAGGGAUGUCCCAUCGAGGAAUUGAACGCCGGAAGAAUCUGUGAUUGGUUUUUGAAGGAUAAGCUGAAAAGAGAACAGAAUAUAGGGUCUGCAGUCCUUCAAUGGGAUGAUUCUGGGUUUCAGAUUUGAGCCUUCAACUUGUUCUCUGAGUUAAAAUACGAUAUUUGACCUUUUAUGGAGUAAUUGAGUAGCAGUUAUUAUUGAUUUA